CUGGCUUUGUAUUGAUUGAUGUGCAGGCAAAUUGCUUACGUCACUAUUAGGUGAUUACAACUGAAUUUGGCUCGUCAACUAUCCGCACUUUACCUUGGCCUUGGGUAAUGAAUGAAAUGACUCUUUACAUCAGUCAAUGUCGUUUUGUUUGCCCCAGAGUUGACACGCGCCACGCCCAUUUAUGGACAGCCCACCAAUGAGGUUGCAGAAACCCCGUAACACAAACACUGACACAUGAUACAAAUGAUCGGCGGCCCAGGAAAGUCAGUCGGUUGUAGGAGCAGCUAGCAGGCUGUGUGAUACUAGUGGCUGGAGCUAGACGUAAGUUGAGCUCCCACGAAUGCGAGCUAUUUGCGAGAUAGGCGGGAACACCAACCAUACUUCAAACCCAGUGGAGAGAGGAGUAAGGGAGGGGCGCUGCAGACUGUAGCAAUGGAAGGCCCGGACUUGGGAGCGUUCUCUUUCGGGUUGGACGAUCUAGCGGAGGCAUUCGCCUCUCUGUCCAUGUUCCCGUUAUUCGAGAUCGCCCACUACAUACUGAUGUGCCAAGCGGUCAGGUCGGACUCAGGAGGGCUCACCUUGUCCAGGAAGCAUCCCCUGGCCAACUGGGUGUGCUGCAUGUUGAUGUGUUCAGCUGGGGGGUUCAUCAGUAGCCUCCUCCUAGGCUUACCAUUGAUAGGUCCACUCAGCAAGACUCCAAAUGUUCUGCUGGCUUCUGCCAUCUGGUACCUUGAGUUUUAUGCUCCGUUCGACCUGUUCCACAAGGCGGUGACUUUCCUACCGAUAAAACUUGUGGUCGUCAGUCUGAAGGAAAUCCGCCGGGCACACAAGGUGCCUGAUGGUAUAGCAACAGCAGCUAAGGUCCAUCCUCAUGGCUAUGUAGCACAUGUUGUCAUUGCUUGUGUCAAAGGUGCUGGUAGUGGCUUCAUGUUGAACUUCCAACGCCUAGUCAGGGGGAAAUGGUCGCCAGAGACAAAUCAGAUUCUUCACCCCACAGUUGUGUUGAAGGAGUGCCUUAUAUCUGCUAUCCUGUUCACCCUACCCACUGGGGUGCUGCCAAUCAACCAAGACCAGCUCCUCCUCCUCACCGGCAUCGCCAUGGUCAUUGUCAAGGUCACCUUGACUGUCACAAAUGUCGGCGACCCCUUCAAGCCAAUAGAGAACGUUCUGUGUAUGCCCAUAUUUGGAAAGGCUGAGGUCAUGGCUGCAGAGAAGAAGAAGAAGGAGUAAAUUUUUAUGAAGCUUUGGUACAUCUAAGGAACCAAAGUGACUCUAGACAGUACAAAGUCAAACAGCAAAUGACUGUUUUUUGUCAAAGGGAGAUUGUUUGAAUGAGGAAGAGAUAGAUUGCUGUACAAGUGUAAUGCAAUUUUAAACAAA